GAGAGAGAGAGGGAGAGAUAGAGAGAGACAGAGAGAGCACUGUUCUGAAUUUUAUUUGAAUUAAUUAUCCACUUAUCCCAAUUUCCUUCUCUCUCUAAGGUGGUGUUGUGUAUUUGUACAUUGGGGGUGUUAUAUUUUGAAGAUGAAAACAUUUUUCAUGGGUACUUAUUUUUUCCAUGGGUAGAGAUUGACAUCUUUCUAAAAACCUACGGAAGUACUCUUCGUUUCAUAUAAGAUGUUAGGCAGAAAAGGUAGAGAUUGACAUCUUUCUAAAAACCUACGAAAUUUAGGUUUCCAAGGUUACAUCUGACAACUUUGGCCGUUUGACCACUAACAUUUUAACAGUUUUAUUAAAAAGUGUGCAACAAACCAAAAGAUAAAAUUACUAUGGGAAAUCUAUAUGUUUUCCAUGUCCAUGUUUAAUUUGGGGCCAUUUGGAUGAUCAAAAAUUAUAUUCCACACAAGCAGUUCUAGGUAGAUAAUUUGUACAUGCUUUUCUCUCAUUUUUGCAUAUAAACUAAGGAAACUAAGCACAUGCAUUAAAUAGUUGACCUUAGCAAGGAUAUUAGGUAUGUGUUUAAAAUGUUGGAUAAGGGUGAGGAAAGCUUAUCCUUACCAAGGUACAUGUAAGAACAUAGCAUUUGGCGCACGCAGAUCAUUUAUAUUUUCGUUCAUGUUCAAACAGCCGCAUGUGCCACAAAUGCCUAAUUUUCCACACGUGCAAUUGUACAUGUUCAACCACUCAAAUGUGCUACUUACACUCACUGAAUCUUCCACCGCUCUUUAUUGUUGUUGAUUAAUAAAAGAGAAUAAGUACAACAGGUCCUGAAUAGCAUGAGUUGAAUGGCUUAUUCAAGACAGCAUGAGCGUGCGAGCAUAACAGAACUUCGCUUGCAUCCGAGUGGGACCUUUGGUUUCUCUCUUUCCAAACAUUUGCAGGGAAGGUUUUGCCUGUAGCAUUUGGGAUCAAUAAAAGAAAUUUCUGCCAUUGACUUCAAAAUGGAAUUAUUUUGUUCCAGUAAAUUGGCAAUUUAUCUUGCUUACUCUUAUCAACCUAAUGUCCUUGGCAAGAGUGGAAGUGUGAAGAAUAGGGGGAUGUACCUCAUGAACGGUUCAUAAAUGUGAUAUGUGAAUGCCAACAGGUCUAAAUACAGCUGUGUGCAUGGGAAGGUUUCCAUGCACUUAGCCCACUAGAUCAUUAAAUAUCUUUUCACCAACUUAACACUAAUAGUACUAAAUGCAAGGGAAGAGAGAUUCCAGGCUUCCUGACACAAAACCUCCUCUCUCUCUCUCUCUCUCUCUCUCUCUCUCUCUCUUCUAUUUUACACAAUUCAACCUCUCAUCCCUUCUUCUCUCGUUUUCUUUCACCUUUCUCUUUUCAUCCACACACCCAUGUAAUAAAAAUCCAAUAUUCUUUAGCCAGUCAUUGUCUCUAAAGCCUUUCAUCUAAGUAUCCAACCAUGGACAUGAAUACCUGGCUCUCUUCCCCUCCUUCUCCUACCCAUUCUCCCUUCCAAACUCAUCUCCAUCCAUCUCAACCCCACCAUUCUUCUCUAGACUUGGUGAAUGAUAACACCCAUCAUCCCUUCCAAAUCCAAGAAUGGAAUUUGAUUGACUCUCACGGCGGAAACGAAGUUCCGAAGGUGGCUGAUUUCCUCGGUGUUGGAAAACCUGAGAACACACCAGAAUUUCCAGCAUUCGACGCGAGCCAAGCCGACUACCUUCUCUCUAGUUGCACUCUCCAGUCAUCAACGGGGAACUCCACGGCUGCCACUACUGAAGAUUACAGCUGCCACGGAAAUGUAACUAAUAUACAGUCAUUGACACUCUCUGUGGGUGGUGAUAAAGGCUUGAGUGGUGAGGCUGGUAGUGCUAGUGCAAUCGAAGUGGCGCCGAGAAGGUCUGUCGAUACUUUCGGACAGCGAACUUCAAUAUACAGAGGUGUAACUAGGCAUAGAUGGACUGGAAGAUAUGAGGCACAUCUAUGGGAUAAUAGCUGUAGGAGGGAAGGGCAAUCAAGGAAAGGUCGCCAAGUCUACUUGGGUGGAUAUGACAAGGAAGAGAAGGCUGCCCGAGCUUACGAUCUUGCUGCUCUCAAGUACUGGGGCGCCUCUACCACUACAAACUUUCCGAUAAGCAAUUAUGAGAGAGAAAUGGAACAGAUGAAGCAUAUGACUAGGCAAGAAUUUGUGGCAUCACUCCGUAGGAAAAGCAGUGGAUUUUCAAGAGGUGCAUCCAUGUAUCGUGGGGUUACGAGGCAUCAUCAGCAUGGACGGUGGCAAGCGAGGAUUGGUAGAGUGGCUGGGAACAAAGAUCUCUACCUGGGCACUUUCACAACUGAAGAGGAAGCGGCGGAAGCCUACGACAUUGCAGCGAUCAAGUUCAGAGGCUUGAAUGCUGUAACCAACUUCGACAUGAACCGCUACGACGUCAAUAGCAUCAUGGAAAGCAACACAUUGCCAAUCGGUGGAGGGGUCGCCAAGCGUUUGAAGGAAUCAGAGGCCAUGGAAUCAAGGAGAAGAGAAGAGAUGAAAUCCGUAAAUUCCAGCUUCUUGGAGCCCUUUCAGUUUCAUGGCUACCCUUUCAUGCCAUUGGAGCAACAGCCUCAGAUGGAUUUCCAUCAAAACUACCUUCACAACUACCAUCAAAACCAUCAUCCCACAUUACUUCAUUCCAGUAAUGACCCUCAACUUCAACCAAAUUAUGCUUUCAACCAACAUCCUGCUUUUCUUCACAAUUUGAAUGUAGGCCCAUCAUCUACAGUGGACCACAGUGCUGCUAGCUCUAGUAGUGGCUACAACGGAGUGUUCCAUGGGAAUGACUUUUCAUUGGGGCCGUCGAAUCUACUGAUGCCGAACGCUGGCACCAUUGGAUCGAAGAUCCAUCAAGUGGGACCUGAUUGUGGAGCGACUGAUCUUGGGAUCGUUAAGGUCGAUUACGAGAUGAACGAAGGGGGAGGAUUCGGCGAUUGGUCUGCAGAUUCGAUUCGUGGGCCCCACCAUGGUGUUUAUACAAUGUGGAAUGAUACAUGAAAUAGGAUGAAAGACAUUGAUUUUUUUUUAUUUUUUUUUUUUAAAUGACAAUAUUAUGGUAGAGUUAAAUGGCCAAAUUACGUAAUGAAAUGAUUUACUUGAAUACAUA